CGUAAUUUGACCAUAAAUUCAAUUUUCCGGAAUCAGUCAUUUUCUCCUUCUUUGAAGUUGCCACGAGAAAAGGCGAUUGUUGUGUCAUUAAAAAAACCUUAGGACGAAUCUCGUAGAGAGAGAAUUUUACUUUCUUUAGAUCAUGGUGUCUACAUGGGUGUAGACUUCAGAUUGGAUCCUUGGGCCUAUAUUGAGUAAUUACUGUAAACAAUCAGUUCAUAAACUUUGAUCCACCCCACAAGAUGCCUAGGAGAGUACAUCCAAACGAACGGCGGGAAGACCGGGACCCGAAUAAACUGAACCAGCAUCUGAAGAGCGCCUUCAGUGACGUCAUAGGAGAACGGAGAGCGUUACGUAGCGUGGAGAUUGUGUGGGUGUGUUCCCAGGAGUGCUACACAUUCUUCCACUCCUGUUGCUAUGGUUUUGUGUCUUUUCUCCUGGCGCCAUUCCUCGCCAUCGGCUGGGGAUGUACAUUCGCUUUCACAGCUUUUAAACACAUAUGGUGUCUAACCCCAAUAUUCAAGAACUGUUAUAUCUGCUGCGAGAGUUUUUUCGGACGCUGCAUGCGUUCCAUUCUGAAUUGUUGUGUCACACCUUGGACUAAUUCUUGCGGAGGAAUAUUUGUUGCGUUUCAUAAAGACAUACCGGAAGCAGUGGUCGUACAUCCCAAACCGAGGCAAACAAAAGUAUCGUCACGUGACAAGAAAAACGAAGAUCAAGAACCAGCAAAAGACCCAGAACCGGAAAAGAAAGUCCUUUUGGCGGCGCCAGUUGUCAUGCGGGAUUCUAGUUUUUUCUCCGGAAAUAAAAUACAGGCGAACAAAUCAAUACAGCGACAGCUGGGCCUCUAUCAAUGAACUGAAGAAAAGAAAAACAUAACAAUUACAUUUCCUUUUUUCAGUUUUUCAACGAUAAAAUUCAAAUAUUA